CUGGGGAAAAAUCUGAGGACACAAAUACAGACAAUUCUCCUCAAGUAAGUAUACGGAAACUACUGCAGACAUGUCCAGAAACAUGUCAUGUUAGGCUUAACAAUGUUUGAUUUUUCCUUAAAACAGAGCUCUGUCAUGUCACAAAGAAAAACUGAAUUCCUAUAUGCACUGACUUACUGAGAGUGGAAUGGAGAACAGUACCGAUUCCUUUUAUUUCAACCUCACCAUGUUUGUGAACAUUGGAGACUAUCGCUAUGCAGCCUUUUUCUUUUGCUUCCUGCUCUACACAUUUAUUCUAUAUGCUAACCUUGUAAUAAUAACAAUUAUAUCUCGAGAAAGAACACUACAUGAGCCAAUGUAUAUUUUCAUUGCUCUAUUAUCUGUAAAUUCUUUGUAUGGUUCUUCUGGAUUCUUCCCCAGAUUCUUAACUGAUCUUUUGUCUGUUAAUCAUUUGAUUUCCCAGCUUGCUUGUUUCACUCAGAUAUAUAUUAUUUACACAUAUGCUGCCAAUGAAAUGACCAUUCUUAGCAUUAUGGCAUAUGAUAGAUAUGUUGCUGUAUGUCAUCCUUUACAUUAUCACAGAAAGAUGACUUCUAAAACUGUUUUAAAGUUGUCAGCAUUUGCAUGCAUUUUUCCAGCCGUUGGUAUCAUAGUACUCAUUUCUUUGUCAACCAGGCUUCCUUUAUGUGGUAAUGAGAUACAAAAAUUGUUUUGUGCUAACUGGAAUGUUGUAAAAUUGUCAUGUGUUGCUACCGAUACCAACAAUAUUUAUGGUCUUUGGUUUACUAUAACUACAGUUUUCCUUCCCCUUGCUUUUGUCUUAUUUUCCUACUUGAAAAUUGUAAUUGUUUGCUGGAAAAGCUCUGCAGAAUUCAAAGGGAAAGUAUUACACAGCUGUCUGCCACACAUUGUCUCAUUUGUGAUUUAUUCCAUCACUGGAUUCUGUGAUAUUGCUCUGAGUCGGUAUAAUAUUGAAGAGAUAAAUCCAUUUGUGUCAGGUAUUCUUUCACUUGAGUUUGUUGUCAUUCCUCCCGUUCUGAAUCCCCUAGUAUAUGGCCUUAAAUUACCAGAAAUAAGAAAGCACAUUUUACAGACGUUAUCACUGCAUAAAUUAAUUUCUUGAACGUUGUUAGAUCAUUGGAACAGUACAGCGUAAUAUCUGAUUGAAGUCUUAGAAACACAGGAUAUUGAAACCUGGUAGUCAACUGUUAGUAAAUACUUUCUAUAACACCUUAUGUUUUUAAUUUGCUAUGACAAGACAGCUAAAAGAGAAUGCAGGUUUAUCACUAAGUAAUCAGGGUUCAACAUAAAAGACAAUACCUGCUCUGGAAUAAUCAGUGACAACUUUAUUGCCAGGCUCACUGUUUAAUUAGUGUUAAAUGAAAGUGUGUGUUGUCUGGUCAUAAUUUAUUGUAUUCAACUUCACCUAGAUUGAAUUAAAUAAUAAUAAUAAUAAACUUAACAUUA